UCACGUCUGAGCAGGUAGAUCAGUUCUUACGGGAGGCUCCGGAUGAUAAAUAUUUAAUGCUUAAGGUAAAUUUGGAAAUUUGUUUAUAUUCAGAAAUUUUAAGAAAUCAAUUUUUUUGUAGGUUGCACUUAUUUUGGGCGUUGCGGGAGCUUGUCGUGGAAAAGAGUUGGUUGAUUUAGAAAUCGACGAUGUGAGAGAUUUGGGCGAUUCCUUCCUAAUUGCGAUAAGAAACACCAAAAAUAAAAUUGACCGAAAUUUUGUGAUCAAAAAUUCAGAAAACAGUGCCAUCAGUUUUGUGGCGAUAUUUCGAAAAUAUGUGACAUUGCGAAAGACAGGGACACCUCAUUCAAAAUUUUUUGUUCAAUACAUCAACAAAGAAUGUACUACGCGAGUAGUAGGAAAAAACAUGUUUGGUACAUUUCCACGGCAAAUAGCAGCUUUCUUGAAAUUAGAAAAUGCGACGUCUUAUACGGGACAUUGUUUUAGACGCACAUCUGCGUCUUUGUUAGCUGAUUCGGGAGCAACAAUAGACGUGCUGAAGAGACAUGGAGGAUGGAAAUCCUCCAACGUGGCCGAGGGAUAUAUUGAAUCGUCUAUUAAAAAUAAACAAAAAAUUUCAGAUAAAAUAUUUGGUCAAGUCGCCGAUUCGUCCACUAUAGUUAUGUCACAGUCCUCAUUCUCGCUUCCUGUUUCCGCAGGAUCUUCGAAACAAACACCAGUUCAAUAUGAAAAGGACCUAUCUGUUACUCGUCAGUUACCUGGUGCAUUAACCCAGGAAAGACUGGUCAAUAUGAAGAACUGUCACAAUAUUAAUUUGAAUAUUAACGUUAAUUACCAUUCUAAUUAAUUAUAUUUUUCAAUA